AUGUCACGUCUGGAUCCAGUCACUAUUAUUGCUGACAUGAGGACUGAUCUGAUGUCAGAUCCCGACGAUGCAGGGCAGGACGAGCAAGAUGAGGAAAUCACAUCGGAUGUAGGAGAGCUGACUCUCUCAUUGGCCUCUGCCGAGAAGUUAAUGAAUUUGAGUGAUGAAGAAGAGGCACAUGCCAGAGAGGAAGAAGAACGAGAAAAUUGGCAAAACGAUGUCAGUUUAAGACAAACUGCCAAAGGGUUUGAAGUGGUGGAUGGCAUGCAAAUGACUGAAGACUCAGGAUCUACCGAUAUGACGGCCAGCCCCCCCCAAAAGUUCCAUUCGAAGCAACUCUCUUCUGCCCGGCAAAGUGGCGAACAAACAACAGAGGAGAAGGCAAAAGAAAUACAAGGGAGUCUUCUUUUGCUGGCUACAGGGAUUCGUCUACGGAAGAAAGCGGAGCGUCUGGAAACUCGUGCGAAAUCGGAACUAAAACGGGUUAGCAAGACAACCUCUUUCGUUCACUUGCUUUAUAACCAAUAUUACUCUUUCUCUCGAACCCCGGUUGCCGUAGGUUACAGACCAAAUUAUGCUAUUCUUCUGGUUGUUAGUUGUGCUAUUUAUGUGCAAUCUCUUCUUAAUCCUCAACCUUUCGAGUUCACAAAUGGAAGCUCAUUCGAGCAAUAUUCUGACGUAGCAACCAUGGGUUGUUAG